UAACCUCAUUUAAUCUGUGUCAGGCGUUCAUCCACUGAAACAUCCUAUUCAUCAACCGCCCUCCCGUUCAACUGGAAAAGAAAUUAUUUUUUCCCCUACCUCAAAUGCUCUUUGGAAUUUAUUGUACUUAUCUGGUUUGAUGUUCUUGUUGACUGUAUCGGGGGUGUUUCAAUAAUUUGGACAGAUUAUAUUUGAAGACUGAAUAUCUGAAAUGAGGUUAUUGUUUUGAGAACUUUAGGUGGAAUUAGAUCAUCUUUUGCAUAGUAUAGCAUUGAACAACACAGCAGAAUAGGGACUUUUAAGUGAGAUUUUGAGGAUAGAUCAUCAUGGAAGACCGCAAUUUAUCUCCAGGGCCUAUGCUGGGUGCUUAUGCUGAUUCAGCUAUGGACAUUGAAUACAUGGAUAAAUUAUUGUUAGAAGGAUGCUGGCUGGAAACAAUUGACGGGUCUGAGUUCUUCAAUACUAGCCCCUCUAGUUCUGCUGCCCUUGUUGAUGCUUCGUUUCUAUGGUCUACUUCAGAGAUCAGUAAUGUUGAUUUGGCUUCCUCUACAUCCCAGAGAAGCAAUCAAGAUGAUGAACAUACAUCAUUGUUGCCCACUAAUUCAUCCUCAAAUGAAGCCCGUGGCAGAAGUCUGUUUAAUGUUCAGGCUCAUGGCCAGGACUUACGUAGUGCCAACAGAUUGGAAAAUAAUAGAAAUGAAGGUUCUGAAGUAAGCAAAAGUUGGUGGAUUGGACCAAGAACAAGUCCAGGCCCCAAUUCUGUCAGGGAUAGAUUAAUUAGAGCACUUGGAUAUAUUAAAGAUUUCACAAAAGAUAAAGAUAUCCUUAUACAAAUAUGGGUCCCUGUAGACAGAGGAGGUAGGCGUGUUCUAACAACUCAUGACCAACGUUUUGCCCUUGUUCCCAACUGUCAAAGGUUGGCAAAUUACAGAGACAUAUCCGUUAACUAUCAAUUUUCAGCUGAGGAGGAUUCCAAGGACAUGGUGGGGCUUCCUGGUCGGGUUUUCUUAGGCAAGGUUCCUGAGUGGACACCUGAUGUUCGAUUCUUUAGAAGUGAUGAAUAUCCACGGGUAGAUCAUGCUCAACUGUAUGAUGUACGUGGAACUCUGGCCCUUCCUGUUUUUGAACAAGGCAGCAGGACUUGCUUGGGGGUUAUUGAAGUGGUAAUGACUAAACAAAAGAUCAAGUACCAUCCUGAGCUUGAAAGCAUUUGCAAGGCACUUAAGGCAGUAGAUCUUCAGAGUUCUGAAGUUCCAAGCUUGCAGCAUGUAAAGGCAUGUGAUAUGUCCUACCAAGCUGUGUUACCUGAGAUUCACGAGGUUCUGAGAUCUGCUUGUGAGACACAUAAAUUGCCGUUAGCUCAAACUUGGGUCCCAUGCAUCCAGCAAGGCAAGGCAGGGUGCCGACAUUCUGCUGAAAACUACCAUCAUUGUGUUUCCACUGUGGAUCUUGCUUGCUAUGUACAUGACACUGGUGUCCAGGCUUUUCAUGAGGCUUGCUCUGAGCAUCACUUGUUAAAAGGUCAAGGAGUUGCUGGGGAAGCCUUUUUGACUAACCAACCUUGCUUCACAAGUGACAUAACUUCAUAUGGCAAAACUGAGUAUCCUCUUUCUCACCAUGCAAGGAUGUUUGGGUUGCAUGCUGCUGUUGCAAUUCGCCUAAGAAGUGUGCACACUGGUACAGCUGACUUUGUGCUGGAGUUCUUUUUGCCUGCGGAUUGCACAGAUCCUGAAAAACAGAAGAAAAUGCUUACUUCAUUGUCCAUCAUUAUACAACAGGUCUGCCGGUCCUUACGGGUAAUAGCAGACAAGGAGCUAGAGGAAACUGACUUGCCAAUUAGUGAAGUUUUAGCCCCUUCAUAUGGUACACCUCCCAGAGAAGAGAUGUUAAGGGUGACACAGCCCAACUCUGAAAGCUAUGGUGGAGAUCAUUUGUCCUGGAGUGACCGUUUCACAGGGAUCCAACAAAGUGGAAGUGUUGUCUCAUCAUGUCAAGAAGAGAAGCAAAAGGUAUUAAUACAUAAAAAUUCUGUGGGCCGCAGGCAAAAUCAAGAAGAUUAUAGUCUAAAGGUGAGUGUUGAAUGUGGUGGUGAUUCUGCAGUUGCUGAAGGUAGCUUUUCAAGUGUCUGUGUAGGUAGAACAAGAGAGAAAAGACGAACCAGGGCAGAGAAAGCAAUCACCUUGCAAGUUCUUCAGCAAUAUUUUGCUGGAAGCUUAAAAGAUGCUGCAAAAAGCAUUGGUGUGUGCACCACAACCUUGAAAAGAAUAUGUAGGCAACAUGGAAUAAAACGAUGGCCUUCUCGGAAAAUCAAGAAGGUUGGCCACUCCUUAAAGAAACUCCAGGUUGUGAUUGACUCAGUCCAAGGUGCCUCUGGUGCUUUUCAGAUUGAUUCCUUUUAUACAAAAUUUCCUGAGCUGGCCUCCUCAAAUUUAUCAAGAAGCAAUCCAUUUUCAACCUCAAAGCAGCUUGAUCAUCCAGAGUCAUCAAGCAUACAGCCUGAGGGAGGUAUUUUCCGCUCCCAGGUGACUGCACCGAAAUCACCCUCUUCCUCAUGCAGUCAGAGUUCCAGUUCAAGCCAUUGUUUUUCUAGUGGGACACAGCAACACGCAUCUGCAUUCACCAUUCCCACCAGCAGAGAUCCUAUGCUUGGAGAAAACUCAGGUAAUUGUGUGUUAAAGAGGGUCAGAAGUGAUGCAGAGCUGCAUGCCUCUAUUCAAGCAGAACAAAACCUGCUGCCAAGAUCUCAAAGCCAUAAAUCUCUUUGUGAACAGCCUGAUUUGGGAAAGCUUCCGCCAUUAGCUAAAAAGAGCAACAGGAUAUCUCAAGAGAUCGAUGCUCAGAGAGUGAAAGUCACAUGUGGAAAUGAGAAAAUCAGGUUUCGCAUGCCAAACAAUUGGGAACUUAAAGAUCUAUUGCAAGAAAUUGCAAGACGAUUUAAUAUAGAUGACAUACAUAAAUAUGAUCUGAAGUACUUGGAUGAUGACUCUGAUUGGGUCUUAUUAACAUGUGAUGAUGAUUUGAAGGAGUGUAUUGACAUAUGCCAAUCAUCUCAAAGCCACACAAUUAAACUCUUGCUCCAAAUUUCUCCUUGUCUUUUGGACAGGUCUAUGAAAAGCCGUGACCUUUCAUGAUAUUAGUGAAAUGCUUUGUGUCAAUGAAGUUGGAACUUGGAAGCAUGUUCGUACUUCUGGAGUUGAUGAUGUCCUCCAUGAAGUCGAUUGUGUCAAUGUUGAAAUGUUAAAGCCUUGGGGCGGACUGCUGAACCAUGAACAAAGAAUCCCAACAGCAAUCUUGAUACUCGCAAUCGUGAUUAUUGGAUUGCAAAACGACAAGCUAAAAAUAGUAGGAAGUUUGGAGCUUGACAGAAGUUGACGAUUUUGCUUCUGUUAUGUGAGUGCCUAACAAAGUUAAUAAAGAAAAAGAGUCCAUACAAGCUUAUUCAAACUAGUUUGGAAUUGAAACUUAGUUGUUGUUGUAUUAUGUGGGGGAUUGUGCCUGUACAUUGGAUGGGGGAGUGGAAUAACCUCUAUUUCAGGUGUAAAAUGUCCUAAUCAAACUGAAAUGGAGGUAAAAUUUUUUGGAUCACGAAUGUGGUGUAUCUUGAUAAAAGUAAGUUCCUUCUUUGGCUCUUCUUUAAUUUUCA